CCAUUGACUGGAACAAGAAAAAAAAUUAUUGUUAUUCUCAUGUUGAGCUAGCAAAACUCAUUAAUAACCAGAAAUAAUUUCAUCACCCAUUUCCGUAAUUAAUUCACGCUUACUUAAGAUUCGUUGGUUUACCACAAAAAUUAGAAUUUUCAAACGAAAAAUCAUCAGACGAAAUUGACUUUCGUGCCAAACGACUCCUCACACUUUCCGUCAUUAAAUCGACUCUCACAUUCCACAGACCUCAAGACCUUUGUGAUACUCCACAUAAAUAAAUACGCAAUGGAUAUUAAAAUGACGAUGUCUCAAUGCUUUUCUAAAAUCCAAAGUGUUACACGUGGGUGGUGUGUGGGAACAAAUAGACAAUCCAUUCGAAAUUAUUUCCAAUAUCGUUUUAAACUCGGAAAACGUCAGUUUGUCAUCUAUCAUGUGGUUGUGUAUAACUGUUAUUCUCGCCCUCACAAUCAUCAGCGAUGGGAAAUAUACGAGAAUCAAGAGUAAACCACGAAAUGUGUUCUUCAAGUAUCGAGAGGGUGUGGCAGGGGAAAAAACCCUCCCUAAAUGUCGACCACACGACGCCUGUAACAUUCUCUACAAACGCUUCUGGACAGAUGACAUUGUGGAAAGACUCUGCAAGUGUCCUAGUGGGGACGAGUGUCCUUGGACUGAUGAAUUCGAUAAUCACACCAUGAGUAUCAACAACAGAUCAUUCCUAAAGUUUUGCGAGCCUCUGAAUCACAAAAAUAUCUGCAAGCCUCGUAAAACUGCAGCAGUUGUCCGUGGAGAAGUCAAUGAAAAUCAUCAAAACCUGACGGCCCACAGAGUCCGGGUCAACUGCUACUGUCCGAAUACUCAUUUCUGGCACGUGCAGAAAUAUGAUUACAACGAUAAUAUAGUCUAUCAACACUUCAGGUGCUCCAAGCAAAGAAUGUGCUGGAGCUAUGAAUUCUGUGGACUCGUGAGAAACGAUCUCUAUUCAACUUAUUAUCGGUGUUCGUGUCCCACUGGAAAUUUAUGCAUCAACAGGGAUAAAGAGUUGGAGACUGUUCAGGAGUUUUUGUACUCAGGAGAUGCUAUAAAUGCAUACUGCCAUCCUUGGAAUAGAAGCAGUAGACAUUACUGAAGGAUAUUCGCAUCU